AUGUUCACCAACGCCAGAAACCGUGCCGCCCAGCUCCAGACCGACCUAUGCGUCGCGUAUCCGAAACCAUCAAGAAGUAAAGAAGCGAAGGACGUCGCCAUUGCCCUUUCGGUCAUCACCUUUCCGAUCGUCGCGUUGCGAUGCUUCGCCAGAUGGCUCGUCACACGAAAGAUGUGGUGGGAUGACUACAUGGUCAUUAUCGCCACGCUCCUGCUGGCCGUGAUGGCUGGUGUACAGAUCGCAGGCACUGAGCUGGGUUUCGGACUACACUACUGGAACGUUCAGCCUUCGAACAGCGUCACGCUCAUUCAGCUUUUUUACGCCGGGCAGCAACUUUACAUCCUCGUCCAGCUUUUCGCCAAAAUAUCCAUCCUGCUUCUAUUCGAUCGACUCUUCUCAUCCUCCCGCUGGUUCCACAACACGAUUCGAUUGUUCAUUUUGUUUUUGGUUCUACACGGAGUCAUUUACAUGUUUCUCAUCAUCUUCGAGUGCACCCCGAUCUCAUCGAUCUGGGACCUGAGCAACCCCGACCGCACCUGCAAGGAUAUCACGGCCAUCGUGUACAGCGGAGCAGCCUUCAGUAUCAUCGAAGACUUUGGAAUCCUGUUACUUCCGGUGCCUGAAUUGCUUAAGCUGCAACUCAGCACGAAGAAAAAGGUUGGGCUUGGUCUCAUCUUCAGCUUAGGAUCAUUGUGA